AUGCCACUCGAUUUAAGACCUUGUGAAUUGCCCAGCUAUGAGCCGACAUUCGAUCUUACCAAACAGAAUUUUUUACCCGCUAGGAAUAUCCCCACGGUUAGAGAACUAGUUAAAGCCAAGCAAGAUGAAAGGGUCUUGCCGCCAAAAAAUGAAUUUGUUAACAGGAUGGAAGACUCAUUAAUACGAUGGAAACCUCCAGGCUCCUCAUAUAGAGGAACUACAAUGGCAAUUGAGGGCUCACACCCUUAUCAGUUGGAAACUUCAAAAUUACAAGAUCAAUCAAAGGGUUAUGGAUACGGAUAUGGUGGUGGUACAUACGUAAUGGAUUCAUUUGUAAAUUGGUGGAAAGGUUCAAAUGUUGAUAACGCUGCUGAUCGCGGUGAAGACACAGUCAGUAAUGGCGGAGAUGAUGAUUUUUCAUUAAACUAUGAACCCGAUUGUGCAGAAUCAAUAGCUACUGGUACUGCUAGGACCACCUACGCUGUAAUCCCACCAAAAACACCAAGACCUGUAACCCUUGUUGAGCGCACACCUGACGAUACCGUUUAUCAGUUGUAUUAUGGUAAACCAAUACCUCCGGACUACUUAUCAGGACGGUAUUACAAUUUCAACACUCUACAGCAGCAGCAGCAGCAGCAGCAUCAGAAUGGACAAGAUCCAUCAGAAUGGUUAAAGAACUGUUUUUCAUCCUGCACAAAUAUGUAA